AUGUCACGGCCGACGCUCACGCCCUCUAUGGAGAGCAUGAUCCCAAUGUGAGCAUACAGUGCUCGGCAGCUGAACUUGCUCCGUUUUCAGAGUGAGUCUGAGCAUUUCGGGCACAUUUCCCACUCGUCCGAUCGCCACCACCGCCCAUUCGGUCGUUUUCAAAGUGCACUCGAAGUUGUACCACCGUGACGUGGCAGUCAAAAUUGUGAAUCGGGAUGCGAUUCCGAAGAAUGUCGCCGAAAAGUUUCUUCCGAGAGAACUGGAGAUCACAAUGAAAGUACGACAUCCGCACAUCGCCCGAUGCCUCGCCAUCACGCGCCCCAUCGCCUCCAAAAUUGUCAUCGUUUCGGAUUUCUACGAUCGCGGCACCCUGCUCGAUCUGAUUCUCGCACAGAAGCGGCUGAAGGAGCAUCCGCUCGCAGUCACGCUCUUCCGGCAGCUCAUCGAGGCGAUCAAUUACCUGCACAAACGGGGAAUCGCGCACAGAGACAUCAAACUGGAGAACGUGCUGAUCGACGGCAACGGAGACGUCAAAUUAAUCGACUUUGGGUUUGCCCGACACAUUGAGAGGCGCGAGAGGUGAGAGAAGAAGAGAGAUUGAUGUGCCUGCCACGUGUCACUUCCAGAUCCCGUUCGUUCUGCGGCACCCAGCCGUACACAUGCCCGCAGAUCACCAAGUUCCGAUCGUACGAGGCCUUCUCGGCCGACUACUACGCCUGCGGAGUCGUCCUUUAUACGAUGGUAGUCGGAAAAUGGCCGGUAGACACAUCCGAAGGACACCUCCAGCUUUUCUUUGUCCGAAUUCCAGAGCAAGACCCCCUCGGACACCCUAUUCCCCGAAUUCGUGCCCUCCCGACCGUGCCGCAAACUGAUCACCUCUCUGUUGGACGAGGACGAAUGCAGCCGCGGCGGGUACGACGAGUGCGUCAACUCGGAAUGGAUGGGCUCGCAUCCUGCGUGGGUGUUUGCCAACCACGCCUACUUUUACGAAAAGGUCUCUUCGGAAGUGUAUCCGAUUGCAAGCGUUUCCGUUUUGAUUUUGCAGACCGCAUUGGCUGACCAGGAUCCAUCGAACUACGAAAUGUCCGAGAUUUGA